AAGAAAGAGAGAAAAGAGUGAUCCAGGUUUUGAGCAACAGCAGUUUUUGCUUUAUGCUGAAGAUUGAGUUAGCCUACUUUGGCUUUAUGUUAUACUGGUGCCAUGAUUCUGCCUUUUAAUUCUUUUGUGGUUCUUUACCAGGUCUGAGAAUGAAACCCAGCAGCCAGUCGAGAAAGCUCAGCAAGUACGAAGAUUACCUAGCUUCAGUGGCCCUUUAAAUCUUCCAAAUCGUGCUUCAGCAAACAGUUUAUCAGCUCCAAUUAAAUCCUCGGGAGGGUUUAGAGAAUCUUUGGAUGACAAAUCAAAGACCAAUCUGGUGCAAAUAAAAGGACGGUUUUCAGUAACGUCUGAAAAUGUCGAUCUUGUAAAGGAUAUUGCAUUAUGUACAGUUCCUCGACGAUCUUCUCAGGGGUCACUUUGAGGAAGUCCGCUAGUGUUGGAGACUGGAUAUUUGAAUCUAAGCAACUGCCUACCAAUCACUUGCCAAAAGAAAUUGGCAACAGCAGUAUGCCAGCUUCAAUUUUGAUGCCUCACCUCCAAAACCUUUUUCAGCAAACAUCAAUUCAACAGGAUCUUAUUAUGAACUUGCUCAGUAGCUUGCAAUCAGCUGAGGUAGCAGAUGCUUCUCAAAAUGGGAAGUUGCCUCCAGUGCCUCGCAAUCCGGAGAAUAAUGGAAAUGUUGAUGGUGCUGUUACUGAAAGGGAACGCUUACUUCUUACAAAAAUCUGUGAGCUUCAAGCUAGGAUGAAUGACUUGACUGAUGAAUUAACGGCAGAAAAAUUGAAGUACAUUCAAUUGCAACAGCGGAUGAACAUGUUCUGGCCAGGAGAUGGGGACAGAAGAGAAGUUGAUUCUUGACAAGUAAAUGAAUCUUUACAAGUGUAAAUUAACGCCGUGUAAAUUCAGUUGAGUUUCAUCCGGUCAAGGAAGAAAGGGCAGCUACUAUAAAUGCUUCUGGAGUCUUGCUCGUGAUACAUUACAUUUUUGACAGAAGAAGAUUCCAGCUUUCCAAAUGACAAACAAGUAUAUAGUAGGCUUCUUAAGGAUAUUAUUUCUUCUUUCAUUUGUGCGGAAGGUCCGAAUGCAGAUUCAAUUCGGCGUAAAUUUCUUGAACCAGUUAAGGUGAGGAAAAGAAAUGCAAAAAACCAAGGGGGAGUAUGCUGUGUGCAGUUUGUAGAUUUUAUCUCUCUCUGUGAAACGCGCAAACCUGUAAUUCUGUUAAUAGAUUAUCUCUGAGCUUGAGUUUGUAAUUUGUAUAUUGACCGCCAUCUCAAUGUUAACCAUCCUCCCCCCUUCCCUCUCUCCUUUUAUUCACCCAUAGGUUCUCUGUGGUUGUUCCUUAUCUCUUCCUGUAACAUAUUGUAGGCCGCCAGCAGGCGUUAAGGAUGUCUGUUUGGAUUGUAAGUUAUUUGGGAUUAUUUGGGAUAUUUUUCUGUAGCACUUUUUGU